GGGUGUGAGGGUUGCCAUGGAGUAGAACUCCUAGCUUGCUUCAUUCCCUUUCUAGUUCGAUUUCCUAUGUCAUUUAACCAAUCGUUUCUUCCAAUUCUAGCUUUCUAUUUUUUCUCUCCUGUUCAUUGGAUUCACCCAAAAUUCUCUUUUUUGUUAGGUCUCCGACUUCAGUAUCAUUUAGGGUUUUCUCCAGUUCCUUAUCUUGCUAGCUACAAAAACUCACAGUUUAGGAUUUUCUGCUGUCUCUUAUCAGCCAUUCAAGUUCUUCGGUUGUAUGUAUAGACUUUUCGAUCAUACGCACAAACCCUUCUCUUUACAACUUUGCUAUAAGAACUUUUCAGUUCAGUAUAUCGUAUAGGGUUUUCAACUGGUGUUGUUCUGUUCUGUUCUCCUUUUUUUUUUUCCCGAUGGAGAAUGAUCACAGAAAACAGUCGAAACCAAUCAGGAAAGCGCAUCAGAAACCAAUCAGAUGCUCAGACUAAGGCAAGUCAGAUUCCAGUAAGGGGAAGUUGUGGAUAGAUCUGAAGCUACCGAAGAUCAGAGAAAGUAUCAAGCAAGGUAAGAUCGACUCUGGAGUACUGUCUGGAGAGCCACAGGAGUUUUAGCACCCGUAAAGCUCUAGGGGGUCACUGGAGCAUGGCUCACACUCAGGCCAGAAAACGCCAAGUUCUAAAGAACCUCAAACCCAAAAACUCCAACAAUUUCCAGAAACAGCAGAAGCAACCUCAAAAAGGAAGGGGUAAAUUGAAGAACAAAAGAACUGAUAAUUCCACAGGCCAUGAUAAAAACCUAAGUUGUUCAAUUUGUGGUAGAAAAUUUUCAUCAGUGAAUUCUUUGUUUGAGCAUAUAAGUUGCCAUCCUGAGAAGUGUAACAGUUCAUCGUCUUAUGUCACUCAAGAAGUCGAGGAUCAGAUCGAAUCGGUAUUUACACCAGGGAUUGAUUUAAGAGAGUCGUUAAAGGGCUGGUCUGUGACUUCCAGGCGAAGCCGGAGGGCUGUUUCUUCAAGUUCGGACGAGCAGUUACGUGAUGGUUUUCAAGAUCUCAUGGGCCUCAUGGCGCAAGCUAAUGGAGAUUCUGAUGCUCAUGAACAAAGAUUUGAAGAAUUUAAAGGAAAAAAUCAGGUUUCUGAAUCAGAGAAGCGAAAAAUUAAGGGAUACGAAUUUGGAUACAGCAAGGAUUAUCCGAUGAAAAAGCCAAGAAUUAAUCAACGAGGAUUCUCCGAUGUCGGAAACAUAGGUGACAUAACGCCCGAAGUUAUGGCGAAUGAAAGCAAAGGCAAGGCAGUGUUGGAUUGCAGAGGGAGGCCUGAGGAGUACGAUAGAAAGAAUAGCUCAGACUACGAAUCUGCUAGCAAGAUUAUCAGAAAACAGCUCGAUAACCAGAAUUUUCAGAGUGUGAAGAGGAAGAUGAUCACCAAUAAGGAGAGGAUGGAGAAGAUGGCGCCAGAAGAUUUGGAACCGCUACAAGGUGUUUGUCCAGAGGUCUCUCAGAAGCGAAAAAUUACGGCAUACCCACUUGGAUACAAGAAGGAUUGUGCUUUGAGAAAGCCUAGAAUUUUUCAACGAGGAUUCGCUGGAAGUUAUGGCACCAUGCCGGAAGUUAUGGCAGCGAAGGAAAGCAAAGGCAAGAAUGUGCUGGAUUGCGACCAGUUCCACUCAGACAAGGAUUCUGAUUGCAAAAACAAUAACAACAAUUUUCAGAGUUUGAAGGGGAAGAUGAUGAUGAAUGAGGAGAGGAUGGAGAAGAUGGCGCCGGAGGAUUUGAAACCGGUACAAGGUGUUUGUCCGGUGAUCGCUGAGAAGCGAGCCGAGACGACUGCAAUGACAUUGGCUAAAUACAGAUGUAGCGAUUGUGACAAAUGCUUUGAAUCUUUCCAAGGGCUGGGAGGUCAUAGGGCGUCCGGACACAACUCAUCACCCCAGAUUCACAUCUACAACGCCAAUGAUGAAUCUUCAUUUACAUCUUCAUUCAAUGAAGUUAAUGCCAAUCACAUCACCAAAGUUAAUGGAAUAGCUAGCUCAAAGGUGGUGGAGAAUAUGGCGCUGGAGGAUUUGGGACCGGUACAAGGUGUUUGUCCGGAGAUCUCUGAGAAGCUAACCUUCAUACGCAACAAAAUACCCAGGAUUCACAUCUGCAAAGCCAUUGAGGAACCUUCACUUACAGCUUCUCUAAGUGAAGAUUAUGGCAAUUCCAUCACCAAAGUUGAUGCAAUAGGUGUCUCAAAGGUGGUGGAGAAGACAGCACCGGAGGAUUUGGGACCUGUAGAAGGUGUUUUUCCUGAGGUCUCUAAGAAGCCAAUCAUCAGACGCAACCAAAUACCCUGGAUCUGCAACGCCAUUGAUGAACCUUCACUUACAGCCUCUGUCAAUCAAGAUUAUGCCAAUCCCUUCACCGAAGUUAAUGGAAUAGCAAGCUCAAAGGUGCUGGAGAAGAGGGCGACUGAUGAUUUGGGACUAAUACAAGGUGUUCAUCCGGAGGUCUCUAAGGAGCCAGUCGAGACGACAGCAAACACACUGGCUGGUCAUGGGGCGUCCAGACGCAAAAGAUUACCCAAGAUUCACAUCUUCAACGCCAUUGAACCUUCACUCACAGCUUCUGUUAAUGAAGAUUAUGCCAAUCCCUUCACAAAAGUUAAUGGAAUAGCAAGCUCAAAGGUGUUGGAUAACCCAAAUCCAUGCAAUGUGCGUAGCAAGAAUUUUUUGAAAAGUCAGGCUCUUGGGAGUCAAAGAGAGUCCAAGCACAACAAAUUACCAAGCUCAAAGGUAGGGGAGAACGCAUAUCAGUGCAAAGUUUGUUGUAGGAUUUUUCCGAGCGGUAAGAUUCUUGGGGGUCACAUGAACUCCCACCACCGCAAGGGUCCAGCUGAAGCUCCAUCGAGCCAAGUCCUAUUAGCCGGUGAAGCAAGUCGGACAGGUGGUAGAAUUGUAGAUUUUGAUCUGAAUGAGCCAGCUUUCAUGGAAGAUGAGGAUGCAAUGGAGAAUCAUGAUGAACCAGUAAUGGGUUAUCUAGUAAGGUUAGUCAUCAUUCCAUCGGACGAUGACCUCUCCGUCCAGCAAAACUCUGUUGUUCCGGCCAGUGCUCAUUCUCUAGCCAUAGAAUCUCCACCUACAUAUAACGAAGAAGAGCUGCCUUGCAUGGUAGUUCUCCAACGGAUAGUUACGCUCAUUGCUAUAAUCUUAGUCGUUCUAUUCUCUCGACAAAACCCACCAAAAUUUCGAGUCAGUUCCAUCACUGUAUCGAUAUUUAAACCACCGGCGUCUCGGUUAACGACAAACGUCAGUUUCUCAAUUGAAAACCCUAACAAGAUGGCUACCAUAUUCUAUGAUGAAGCUUACCUUAGAGUUUUAUCUAAUAAUUCAACUAUUUCUUCCACACCCAUCUCGCCUUUUCAUCAGUUUAGAUCAGCAGAGAUACUGCUGAAGGCAAAUAUUGAAGCACCAUUGUUGUCCAUUAACAAGUCUGUUGCAGAAGCCAUUGAUGCUGCUAAGAAAAAUGGAUCUGUGGUGGAGUUUACCGUGACAGUGGAUGCAUGUGUGAGGGUUCAGCUUGGUUCCUUGAGGUUGAAAAGUGGAAAGAUGAGGGUUACUUGCGAGGAAGUUAAGAUAAAGAGUAAUACUAGAUGUGCUUAA